AUGCGCUUUUCCACCGUCGCCUCCGGCUUGGCCCUCCUCUCCGGCGCCAUUGCCCACCCCGGCCACGACCUCACCGAAGAGAUCGCCGAGCGCCGCGCUUUCCUCGGCAACGUCAAGCGCGCCAGCUUGGCUCACUGCGCCGAUAAGCUUAAGGCUCGCGGCGUCACUGCCCGCAACGUCGCCCGCCGCUCCGCCCAGGUCGAGAAGGCCCGCCAGAAGCGCAGCCUGAAGAAGCGCGACGCCGCUACCGUCCUCGCCGAGUCCCACAACCAGACUGCUCUUGGCUACACCCUCGAGACCGACGCCGCCACCCUCUUCUCCGGCAACAACUCCUGCGUCCUGACCCCUGAGGUUACCCAGGGUCCUUACUACGUUUCUGGCGAGUCUGUCCGCCGCAACAUCAUCGAGGAGCAGGAGGGUGUCGACAUUGUCCUCGACUACCAGGUCAUCGACGUCGACACUUGCGAGCCUGUCCCCAACGUCUACCUUGAGAUGUGGCACUGCAACUCCACCGGUGUCUACUCCGGCAUCGUCGCCAGCGGUAACGGCGACUCCUCCGACGAGACCAACAUCGACAAGACCUGGCUCCGCGGCAUCCAGCCCACCGAUGAGGAUGGUGUUGCCCAGUUCGAGUCCAUCUUCCCCGGCCACUACACCUCCCGUGCCACCCACAUCCACUUGAUGGUCCACCACAACGCCACCCUCUACUCCAACGGCACCCUCGGCAACGAGAUCACCGCUUCCCACGUCGGCCAGACCUUCUUCGACCAGGACCUCAUCUCCGCCGUCGAGGCCUUCGCCCCCUACAACACCAACACCCAGGAGCUCACCACCAACGCCGACGACUCCAUCCUUUCCGAGGAGACCGCCACCGACGGUGUUGACCCCAUGAUGGAGUACACUCUCCUCGGCGAUAGCGUCACUGACGGCCUCUUUGCUUGGAUGGCCUUCGGUAUCAACACCACCCUGUCCCAGACCGUCACCCCCGCCGCCUUCCGCUACGAGUCCGGCGGUGUCGAGAACUCCAACUCCGGCGGCGGCGGUGCUGGCGGCAGCCCCCCCAACGGCACUGCUCCCCCUUCCUAA